AUGUUUCGCUCCGCCUCCGCGGCGGCAGCGGCCACGCGCGCCGCCGUGGACAUGGCCGUCCUCGGCCGCGUGGGUGUGGCGCGGCAUUCUGCACCGGCGUUGCGCCCUGUCACACACCACACGCCAUUCGUUGCUUUCCAGCGCCGGGGCGUCCAGUCACGAGGCGCCGGCGGCGGCGGCGGCAGAGGCGGCAAUGGGGGUCCCUUCCAGGCCAUGCGUCCGCCCACGCCUGCCGAGCUGGGUGGUCCUCGCAAGGCCCGUGACUACCCACGGAUGCGCCGCUGGGGUCGUCGCCUGCUGGUGCUGGGCGUGAUUGGCGGCGCCGUGUACCUGGUGGACCGUCAGGUGUACGCUUCUGGCAUGGCACGCUCGCUGCGCACGUUUGGCACGGGCUUAGUCGUGGCGCUCGACUACAAGAUCAACUUCCGGGCCGACCCAUUGCCAAUCAUUGGCACACCCGGCGACGUGGCCGACCUCCACCGGCGCAACGCGGAGCGGCUGUCGGAGCUGCUGCGGCACAAUGGCGGGCUGUACCUCAAGAUCGGACAGGCGAUUGCCAUGCAGAGCGCCGUGCUGCCGCCCGAGUUCCAGCGCAUGUUUGGGCGCAUGUUUGACGACGCGCCGCAGGACACGUGGGCGGCCGUCGAGAAGGUGGUGCGCGAGGAUUUUGGCGGGCGGUCUGUCGAGGAGGUGUUUGGCGUCAGCUUCACGGGCGAGGCGGGCAAGGGCGUGAUGGAGCGCAAGGCGCGGGCCAGCGCGUCGGUGGCACAGGUGCAUUGGGCGCGGCUGCCGGACGGGCGCGAAGUGGCAGUCAAGAUCCAGAAGCCCGAGAUUGCCAAGCAGAUUGGCUGGGACCUGUGGGCCUUCAAGGCCGUCGCCAAGGUGUACUCGUACUGGUUCGACUUGCCGCUGUACUCGCUGGUGCCGUUUGUGUCGGAGCGACUCAUGCUGGAGACGGACUUUCUGAACGAGGCAAAAAACUCGGAGACAAUGCGCGACCUGAUCAACAACGAGCCGGCGCUGCGUGGCCGUGUCUACGUGCCGCCGGUGUACUACGACUUUUCGUCGCACCGCGUGCUGACGACGGAGUGGAUCGAGGGCGUGCGGCUGUGGGACCAGGACGCGAUCCAGGGAGCUUGGCGGGGCGGCAGUGGUGUCAGCUCGCCCGGUGUGCACGGUGCCAAGCUGCCCAGCCCAGAUAUGGAUGCACUGCGCAACAAGGUGCGGGCCGCCGCCUCGGCGCGCGGCAAUAGCAGCGCGCGGCCUGGCGACAGCGACGUGCGAGACAGUCUUGUGCUCAAACCGGAGCGCACAGAGUGGCGCGGCCCGCGCGGCAAGGGCGGGCUGGGCCUGAGCACGACGGACGUGAUGUCGACGAUGAUCGACUUGUUCUCGGCGCAGAUGUUCAAGUGGGGCGUGGUGCACUGCGACCCGCACCCCGGCAACAUGUUUGUGCGGCGCAAGGCGUCCGGGCAGGCGGAGCUGGUGCUGAUCGACCACGGCCUCUACGUGUACAUGUCGCCGACGUUCCGGCACCAGUACAGCGUGUUCUGGAAGGCUAUGCUGACGCUGGACCACGCGACGGUGGCGGCGACGUGCGCGGAGUGGGGCAUCCAGGCGCCCGAGUUGUUUGCGUCGUCGACGAUGCUGCGGCCGUACGAGGGCGGCGACGAUACGUUCCGGCGCGGGAUCGCCGAGGACCUGGCCGGCGGAAAGACGGCGUCGGAACGGCACUACGCGAUGCAGGCACGGAUGAAGCAGGGCAUGCGCGACAUUAUGGCGGAUGAGGAGAAGUGGCCCAAGGAGUUUAUAUUCCUGGGCCGCAACCUGCGCAUUGUGCAGGCCAACAACCAGCGCAUGGGCAGCCCCGUCAACCGGGUUAAGCGCAUCGGGCGGUGGGCGAGCGCGAGCCUCUACGAGGACCGGGCGCAGCCGUGGCGCGAGCGGCUGGCAAACAUGUGGCGGCACGUGGUCUUCAGCACGGUGCUGGCGGUGACGGACGCCGUGUUUUACUUUUACCGGGUGCGGCAGUUCCUGGGUGGCCGCCGCGGGCUGGAGGACCAGAUUGAGGCGCAAAUGAAGGGCAUGGCCAAGGAAUAUGGCGUGGAGUUGCAGCACGAGGUCUUUGAUGGCUGA